CAGGCUCGCAGCCCUCGUCCUCCGGCAUUGGUGGGCUUUUUGGGUGCGGCGGAGGAGAAAGAGGAGUCGUAGUCGGAAUGGACGGGGAGGAGACGACGUCGAGCUCCAAGGCGGCCGCUCCGGCAACCAUCCGCCUCGUCAACUUCGUCUCCGAGGAGCAGCUUGACGAGGCGAAGCGGUCGAGAGGCGAGCGGGUGGAAGACGGCACCGCCCAGCGCGACAAGCCCCUCUUCCAGAUCCUGCAGGAGAACAAGGAUAAGAAGGAUGCCGAGUUCAAUGAGCGCUUCAAGCACAGACCUCCAAAAGCCUUGGAUGAGGAUGAGUCGGAGUUUCUCGACAAGUUAGCUUUGUCAAGGAGAGAAUAUGAACAGCAGGUGGCCAAUGAAGAAGCUGAACAACUCCGUAGUUUUCAUGAGGCUGUAGCUGCCCAGUCUACUAUUGCGCAUGAACUUGUUGAGAUUCCUACAGUUUCUAGACCUGAGGAAAGCAAACCUAAGCCACCUGCAAAGAGGAGCCAGCCUGCACUCCUGAGAAAUGUUAUAGUUUCUGUGAAGCCACAAGCUAAGAAAGCAAAGGUCGGCACGGAAAGUAAGCCUUCUCCCAAAGAGCUGCCUUCGAAUGGGCACGAUACAGACUGCAAGCCACCAGGUGACACCAAGAGCGUACUUGGCUCUCUGGCGGCAUACGGAGAUGACGAUGAAAGUGGCGAUGACGAUGAACAACAAUAAUAUCCCCCAAGGAGAUGCAACGCCACAACAGCCUGUUAGAGGGGUUUGCUUGGCGACGUGCAAAAUAGACAUAGAUGGUUCCAUUUCAGUGUAACGUACUGUGGAAGGUGACACGAGUAAAGAGUUGUAUUGUAUCUCUGAGCAAAACAAUACAAAUGCACCAGUACACCAUGACGCUAACAUCAGGUAUUCUAGUCGCCGAAUUAAUUGCGCUAAUCAUGGUGCUGACUUUUGUA